UUCAUUCAGACUAACAGAGAUGCUCCCCCGCCAUCGCCAUGUCCGCCUCCUCCUCCUCCAUCCCAAGCCCCUGCCUGUCUCCACCACGGCCACCACGGCCGUCUCACCUCCGCACCCCGCUCCCUCCUCCUCCGCCGCCGCCUUCCCCACCGCCCCGGACCUCGACCUCGACCCGUCCGCUCUCUCCCCCGACGACGCCAUCGCGUCGCUCACGUCCGUCGCGGACAACGAGGGCUCCGCAGCAGCACUAGCGCUCUUCCGCCGCCUGUCCACCCGCCCGGACCUCCGCCACCUCAUGCGGCUCUACGCCACGGCCGCCACCUUGUUCGUGGCGCGGGGGAACCUGCCGAUGGCGCACGAGGCGGCGCGCGCGAUGGUGGCCGCCUUCGCGGAGACCAACCGCCUCCGGGAAGCCACUGACAUGCUGCUGGAGCUGCGGAGCCACGGGCUCCCGCUCGUCGUCGAGACCGCCAACUGGGUGCUCCGCGUCGGGCUGCGCCAGCGCCACCACUUCGCCCACGCGCGCCAGGCGUUCGACGGAAUGGGCGUGCGCCCCGACGCACGCAGCUUCCGGGCGCUCGUCCUCGGGUGCUGCCAGGAAGGGCGGUUCGAGGAGGCCGACGCGCUGCUGGCGGCGAUGUGGCGGGAGGGGUUCUCCCUGGACAGCGCGACGUGCACGGUGGUCGUGCGCGCGUUCUGCAGGCAGGGAAGGUUCAGGGACGUGCCUGGGCUGUUUGGGAGGAUGGUGGAGAUGGGCAACCCGCCAAACGUGGUGAAUUACACCGCGUGGGUUGAUGGUCUGUGCAAGAGAGGGUAUGUCAAGCAGGCGUUCCAUGUGCUGGAGGAGAUGGUCGGGAAGGGGUUGAAGCCGAAUGUGUACACGCAUACGUCGCUCAUCGAUGGGUUGUGCAAGAUUGGGUGGACGGAGCGGGCGUUCCGGCUGUUCUUGAAGCUUGUUAAGAGUAGCUCGUACAAGCCGAACGUGCACACGUACACUGUGAUGAUUGGUGGGUACUGCAAAGAGGGCAAGCUUGCUAGAGCCGAGAUGCUGUUGGGGAGGAUGGUUGAGCAGGGACUGGCCCCGAACACAAACACAUACACUACGCUGAUCGAUGGGCACUGUAGAGGAGGCAGCUUCGACCGUGCCUUUGAGCUGAUGAAUAAGAUGAAGCUGGAAGGUUUCCUGCCCAAUAUUUACACAUAUAAUGCCAUUAUUGGGGGAUUUUGCAAGAAGGGAAAGAUUCAACAGGCUUACAAGGUGCUCCGGAUGGCCACUAGUCAGGGGCUGUGUCCUGAUAAGGUGACAUACACUAUGCUGAUAACUGAACAUUGCAAACAGGGCCACAUAACUUAUGCUCUGGAUUUGUUCAACCAGAUGGCAGAGAACAGUUGCCAUCCUGAUAUAGACACAUAUACCACCAUCAUUGCUAUGUAUUGUCAGCAGAGGCAAAUGGAACAAAGUCAGCAGCUCUUUGACAAAUGUCUUUCCAUAGGAUUAGUGCCAACCAAGCAAACUUAUACCUCGAUGAUUGCAGGAUACUGUAGAGUUGGCAAAUCGACCUCGGCUCUCAAGGUCUUUGAGAGGAUGGUUCAACAUGGAUGCCUUCCUGACCCUAUAACUUAUGGGGCACUAAUAAGUGGGUUGUGCAAGGAAUCAAGACUAGAGGAAGCAAGGGCAUUAUUUGAGACCAUGCUUGAUAAACAUAUGGUGCCAUGCGAUGUAACUUGUGUCACUUUAGCUUAUGAAUACUGCAGGAGGGAUAAGACAACCAUUGCUGUAUCAUUCUUGGAUGGACUGGACAAACGGCAACAGGCUCAUGCUGCAGAUGCACUAGUUAGAAAGCUCAGUGCUGUUGACAAUUUGGAUGCUGCUAGUCUUUUCCUUAAAAAUGUUCUGGACAAGCAUUAUGCUGUUGACCAUGCAACUUAUACAAGCUUCAUCAAUUCAUGCUAUGAAAGCAAUAGAUAUGCUCUAGCUUCUGAAAUUUCUGAAAAGAUCUCAAAGCGGAUUUCUGGCUUUAAGAAAAAGGAUGUUGCAGUUAUUGCUUGACUUGCAAGAGCAAUCCGAAUUUCUCCCACUCAUACAGCAUAGAAAUCGCUCGAUGUUCCUUUUUAGCACAGCUUCUAUGCCUAUCAAUGGCUGUAAAUGGUUAAGAUGACCAAAUAUUGAUUAAUUGAUUGGAUAAGAGCUGUUUGAGGAUUUGUAUGGGGUCUGCUUUUGCAUAAACCAUGUGAGUUGAAAGAAAGGUAACAAGUCUUUCUUAAAUACUCUGAAGAUAUCAAUGUUAUGUGAUCUGCAUCAUGUAUGAUGGAGUUAAGAUGCUUCUUAUCUCUGUUCUACUCCCUUGGUCCCAGAAAAGAUGCAAUUCUAGGUCUGGUCCAAGUCGGCCUAUCUUAACUUUGACAAGUUUAUAGAAAAUAGUAUCAACAUUGAUGACUUCAAAAAGGAGCAGAUGCACUGCUGAAUGUACUCUGAUUUUGUUUACUUCAGUAAAAAGAAGAAGCCCUUGUGAAGUGAAAUGGAUGCUAGACUGCUGCAUCAAUGAAACAAAGUGUGUAAGAAGAGAGCAAACAGAGAAGAAUGGAAGGCAAAUGCUCAGAGAAGUGUAUAAGAAGAGAGCAAACAGAGAAAAAUGGAAUACAAAGAAAUCUGUCAUGGUUCACAGCUGGAGUUCUGGAAGCAAGAUGGAAUGGUGUAACAACAUGCCAAGAAUCUCAUUAGCACAAUGUUUUUGUUGAGGAUUAUGUACAGUGGUCUAAGUUUAUUUGUGACUUCUUGUAUGAAAAAAAAGUGUAUCCUAUCUGAGAGUGGGAAAAGAUUUGUAUGUGUGAAAUGAGUCUCGGUGUGGUAACUGAGCUUCAGUAGCUCAAUAGUAUUCAGAAAGUUUCCUCUGAUACAUUUCUCAGAAAGAAAAGUUCACCCGGCAUAGAUAUUUACAUGUACCUCCAGAAUCCGGAGCCAGUGAGAUUAUUUGUGUCUAGAUGGAACCUAAUGACCAUACAUACCUUGUCAGUUCUACAGCCAGCCCCUAUAUUCUCAUCCAUGAUAAAAGCUCCCCUUUUUAUUUAGUAAUCACGUAGUGGGAUGUACAGCAAAGCAGAGUUUCUUCCAGUUGUGCCAGCAUCAAGAUUCGUUGAGCAGUAAGCAUGUUUUUAUCUCUCCUUUUUUGGCGCUUAAAGGUCACUUCCUAGUUCCUACUCUGUUUCAAGAACUUGGGAUCAUGAUAUGCAUGCAGGUGAACUUUCUCACUCAUUUCCUCUCCAUUUUGUUCUGCAGGUGGAAGCUUCUGGUCGCUAGAGGCAGUGUUUUCCUGUUUGGUAGUGUUUGGGCUGAAACAAAGCUUUACUAUCCUUCCAUUGGUUUCGCCACAGAAGGCAAGCAAGAAGCAGAGGCGGCUAUAACCCCUCUGAAGCAGGGGAAACGGCUCUAAUGGAGAGGAAGCAAUCCAGUCAAGCAAACAGGUACUGGAAGAGGAGGAAGAAGACGACGAUGACGAACAAGUCAACAGGCAAUACUUGUAUGUGAGCAACUUAGCAUGCAGCAAGGAAGACCGGCAAGAACUAGCAAUCAAGUCAAGCAAACAGAUACUCAAAGAAGACAGACGACGAGCAUGCAUGCAGCAAGGAAGACAGACCGGCAAGAACUUACCAAGAGAAGGGGGGAGAAGCAUCAGUCAGGUCUAUGGUGCACCCAGCUUCUGAGAACUUUCUCUGAGCGACUGAGCCUCAGGAGUUAUAACGAACACUCAGUUGCGACUUGGGAGACAUGGAGAAAGGAUAGUGGAGAGAAGCUUCAGCACUGAGCUGAGAGAGACUGAGGAGACAAUUGGAUGGUCAAAUUUAUCGGGCCACUCCCUGAACGUCGAAGCAGGAGCAUCCAGGUCCCACACAAUUAUGGUAGGACUACUUGGAAGAAUAUCUGACGUGGAUUCAACCAUGGAAGAAGUUUUUGUUUAACACAAAUCAAAAUUAGUGGAGCAAGUGAACUGAGCUGCAUAGUAGAUAAGUCUAACUGUGACACUGUACCUACUGAUGUUGCUUCUGUUGAGGCAUUUAUUAUUCCCAGAUACUGAAAGUCUGAAACGACGAUACGUGGAUGACAAAUUAGAGGGUCGUCAGUCUUCUGCUCUGUGUGUUUGUGCUUACUCGGCCAAAAUGUACCUUUCAUGAUGACAAGGGCCCAUGACACUAAAGAUUGUUGAGUGUAUGCAUUUGUCUAUAAGCUCCACUCGAUUAGAGUUCAUCCCUUCUUA